UUGCUAGCAGCAGAGGUUGAAGCAGGCGUUUCCUGCCAUCUCCAUCCUCUCUGGACAUUUCUGCACCAGCCGUCUCUCAACUGGCAGGGAAUACAACCGAUUCAAGAGGACAUUGACCUUUGAGAGACAUUUUAAAGGCUAAUCUUGGAAGUGGGGCACUAUCAUUCUCCAGCUCACUAGAUCGACAAUCUGGAAUUAAGCAUGGAGCCACGGUGAGGACCCAACAGCUAAACUGCUCUGGCACCAGCUCACAAGGAGCCACGAAGGGCAAGGAUCAGUAAGACAAGUGGUUGGCUUCACAGAUGAAAGCACCUUGUCCACUUCCUCAGAAGGGAGAAGCCGAAACCGAUCCCAAUUUACCGGCUUGCAACUGGCCAACUCUGGUUCAUCGACUGUGUCCACGGCGCGCGGGAUCGAGCUCCCUCCUUGGUGACCUCAGGAGUGAGAGAAAAUAACAAAGACAAACGUAGAAGUUCUCAUUGGGUGUUCAGACGUGACAGGCGCUUUUUGCCCACCUUGGCCUUCCGGUUCAUCACUCUUCCACUAUAUAAAAACAUCAGCAAAGGGGACCCUUGUAAAGCUGAUCAACAGAGAACGGCUGUCGGUAGCUCAUGGCUAGUCUAUGACAACACAGAAGAACCAGACUGUGGAGGAGACUUUGCAUGGACUUCAUUAGAUUUCUACAUAUACAGCGAUGGUACCCUUGGGAGGAAAUGCCAGGAUGCCCUGGCUGCUGUGCCGUGGGUGACGAAGAGGAGGGGCUGGUGGCCGAGUGCUCUGACCUCGAGGUUUCCAGACGGUCUUGGAGCUGCUCGCUAAGACAUCCACGGGGAAGGCCCGGAACACAAUGAACAAACUGAACUUCCACAAUAACAGAGUCAUGCAGGACCGACGCAGCGUCUGUAUUUUUCUCCCCAAUGACGAUUCCCUCAACAUCAUCAUAAAGGUUAAAAUAUUGUGCCAUGAGCUACUAGUCCAGGUGUGUGACCUGCUCCGGCUGAAGGACUGUCAUCUCUUUGGACUCAGCGUCAUUCACAACAAUGAGCAUGUAUAUAUGGAAUUAUCCCAGAAGCUCUACAAGUACUGUCCAAAAGAAUGGAAGAAAGAAGCAAGCAAGGGCAUAGACCAGUUUGGUCCCCCAAUGAUCAUUCACUUUCGAGUCCAAUACUAUGUGGAAAACGGCCGGCUGAUCAGCGACCGAACUGCCCGCUACUAUUAUUACUGGCACCUGAGGAAGCAAGUCCUCCGUUCCCAGAGCGUGCUGCGCGAAGAGGCCUACUUCCUGUUGGCGGCCUUUGCCUUGCAGGCAGACCUGGGCAACUUCAAAAGGAACAAGCACUACGGCAAAUACUUUGAGCCCGAAGCCUACUUCCCUGCUUGGGUGGUUGCAAAGAGAGGCAAGGACUACAUCCUGAAGCACAUUCCUAUCAUGCACAAGGAUCAGUGUGCUCUGACCGCCUCUGAAGCCCAUCUCAAGUACAUCAAGGAGGCCGUUCGGCUGGAUGACGUGGCUGUGCAUUAUUAUAGGCUAUACAAGGACAAGAAGGAAAUUGAGGCCUCCCUGACCCUAGGGCUUACCACGCGGGGGAUCCAGAUAUUUCAGAAUGCAAACAGUGAAAGGCAGUUGCUCUACGACUUCCCUUGGACGAAUGUGGGGAAACUUGUGUUUGUGGGCAAGAGGUUUGAGAUCCUGCCCGAUGGCUUGCCAUCCGCCCGCAAACUCACCUAUUACACCGGCUGCCCCACACGCUCUCGGCACCUCCUGCAGCUCUUGAGCAACAGCCACCGACUCUACAUGAACUUGCAGCCAGUCCUGCGGCAGAUCAGGAAGCUGGAAGAGAAGGAAGAAAAGAAACAGUACCGCGAGUCCUACAUUAGCGACCUUGACAUGGACCAGCUGGAGAAGCGUUCCCAUGCCAGCAGAAGCAGCUCAGGGAGCAUGAAGCACAAGCGCCUUUCCCGCCACUCCACCGCCAGCCACAGCAGCUCCCACACCUCUGGGAUCGAGGCCGACCCCAAGCCCAGGGACCACGGGGCAGAGGACGACUUCUUGCUGGCCACCGUCCACCACAAGCUGAGGGCCUGCAGCUCCCUCACCAGCCACGGCAGCUCCCACACCUCCGGCGUGGAGAGCAGCGAGAAGGAGCGCCUGGAGGAGGAGGAGGAGGACUCCUCCCAGGACGACGAAAUAGAGAUGCUGGUUGAUGACCCCCGAGACCUCGAGCCAUCGAGCGAAGCCUCCUUGGAUGACGUUAGCCCUGAUGUGUGCAUUUACAUCACGGAGGACAUGCUGAUGGCCAGGAAGUUUAAUGGGCACUCAGGAUUAGUUGUCAAAGAAGUCAGUUCGUCUACUUCCAGCUCCUCGGAGACGGUUGUCAAGCUUCGCGGCCAAAGCAUCAAUUCGUUGCCGCAGACAGUCUGCAGGAAGCCAAAGACCUCCUCUGACCGGCACAGCUUGAGUCUGGAUGACAUCCGGCUGUACCAAAAAGACUUCUUGCGCCUGGCAAGCCUGUGCCAGGAGACUGCUCAGAGCUACACGUUUGGCUGUGGCCACGGAUUAGCCGAAGAGGGCCUCUACUGUAGUGGCUGCUUAGCUCAGCAGUGUGUCAACAUCCAGGAUGCUUUUCCUGUCAAGAGAGCCAGCAAGUACUUCUCUUUGGAUCUUGCUCACGAAGACGUUCCAGAGUUUGUUGUCUGAUGCUGCCUCUUGAGGGCACUUCCCAGAGCUGGGUACUCUAGAGAAAGAUUGCCCGUCUAAGGUCUCCUUAGAUUCUUUCUGGUGCCAUAACAGGGAUAAUUUUUCCUCCUUGAAGGUCUUUUCUGAGAUAUGAAAAAUCAAGGCCUUGUGAACCGUUGCACUUUUACAAAAUGCCCGUCCCAAAGGUGGAUCCUUUUGCAUUGAUGCGUGUGGCAGAAUUUGAUCUGGGUAUGAAUCAGUUGGAUUUAGAAGACGAUGGUCUCCUCUUCUUGAAAAGGAGAUGGGGGCCUACUUGAGCACCUGUCUCAUGGCCUCAUUUUGACCAAAAAAAAAGAAAGAUGCACAAACAUUAACGCCUUUGUUUUAGUUUGUUGUUGUUUGCCUCACAGAAGCCAUCGUCAGUCUUCCGGGCUCCAGAUACCAUUGCUUCUUGCAACUUUGUUCGGUUCCUGCUAUUGUGUUAUCGAUGCUAAAAAGGAGAACAUUAUAACUCUUUUUUUUUCCUUUUUACUUGCUGCACUGUGUUAAGCCAAAGAAAUGCACGUGUCCCAAAUGGCUGGGCCGUCAAGAUGAAAAGCUGAGCAAUAACUAACCAGAACGACCUUGCUCCUGUUGAGAAGUCUGUGGAAGGAUGGGCAGCAAGUUGCGAUGCCAUCAAUCCGUCUUGCGAUUUUCCUGGUCUUCCUCACCAAAAACAAAAGUGCUUGAACUACAAUCUCCAACUGAUAUUUUGUGAAGUUUACAAAAACGAAAGCCUAAAAGCGAUGUUCAAAAAAUGGGAUAUGGAAAGGCUUCUUGAAGCGUUUUCAUUUCUAGUGAAAACAGCCUAAAGAACAGAUAGUCUGUCAGGAUGUAGCAAUAAGGUUUGCUGACCAAAGUACCUUAAGUUCGAGAGAGAGAGAUUAUAUAAAAAUGCUUAUAUAAGUCUAUGGAGAAGAGUAUAUGUUUAAUGUAUGUUUGAACUUAUAGACUUCCCAUUUUAUUUUAUUUUUGUUUUUCUGUUUCAGAUGCCUUUUGUAGAAAGAAUUAACUAACCCUCCCUUUUCUCCUAUGAUACAUAUAUAGACAAUCCUGUAAGCUCUACUUAUGCACAGUGAAGAAAAAUUACUUUUCUGUUCGUUCGUUUUUGCUGUUGAGGGAGGAGAUUUGCUCCUGCAUUGUAAACAUGGCUUCCCACCCACCCCAAAUAAUAUAUCUUUGUUUUUUUAAUUGUAUUGUCAGAUGCUCCGCCCAAAUUUUUUUUGGGGGGGGGGAUGGGGAAAGAUUGCAAAAUUAUCCAGUAGGAACCAUCAUGAAAGUGCUGCUUUUCCAGACUCUAGCUUACAAUCCUAUUUUUUCAUCAUAAUCUGUACAAAACUCACCACUGGCUGCCACCCUCUGACUACUUAAGGGUCCAACAUCCUCUGAUCACUUAAAAGGCGGAUUGAGAGGUCUUUGUGGGGUGUUUUUGCAGGAGCUAGACGUGCACCUUGUAACUGCGGUCUACGCUGCUUGUCUCCUGCCCACCUCACCCCUUCCUCACUAACCUUGUGGAGGGAGAGCAGGAGAGUUUGGGGUCAACCCAGCAGGCACAAAACCAUGACUUAGUUUGAUAUUUGUGUGCCACUUUUCCAGCAACUGCAUUGAGCUCGGGAGUGGAUCACAGUAACAAAAGACUUAAAAAUUAAACUAACAAAGAGCACUUCCAUCUAUAAAAAUCAUUUUUGGGGAAAAAAACAACACAGUAGCAUACAAGUAAAGCGAGAAGAAAAGAUUCAUUAGAUUGGUGCCGUUCAAUGCGAACUCCUGAUAAUUCAAGCAUCAUUGAUCAGAAACAGCUCUGUUGAGAGCACCAGCCCAGCAGUGCUGUCACUGGAUCCUUCUCCCCUGCAGCCUUGCCUUGGCAGGCGCUUGGCUGACCCCCUGCAGGCCACGUGGGCUCAUGGAUGACCAACACCUCCCAGCUUCGCAGAUAAAAUGUUUGCAAGUCUUGCCUCUAGUGGGCAUCUGGAAAGGAAAUAGAUGGUCAGGGACGCAGAGCUAUACUGCUGACACAUUUUCUGCAGUUUCUUACUUCCCCUCCGUGUCAGUUUGGGGGCUUCCCACCUCUGCCAGGUUAGACGUGCUGCUGUUUGGGAAAUGGCUUUGCCCCCUUACCUCUCUGUUGCUUUAGGGGGUCCUCACUCAGUAUAUUCAUUUAUAGGUACAUGCAAAUUACUUUAUACCUACCCAUCAAACCAUUUGCACGCUGCAAACGUGUUUGACUUACUUUGUGGGUGUCCAGGUAUUUAUUUAUAGUCUCCUGUGAAAUUAAAUAUCACACAGGUAUGCCCUGCAGAGAGCUGGGACUGGCCGUGGCUCCCUGCUUUGUGGCCAAGCAGUGGCAAAUGCAUUUUCUGCUUCAUACGCAUUUUGGGCCCAUGGCCAAACUCUAGCUAAUCAGGCUGCCGUGCGACGUUCUGCACUGUCAACUUUUCUAAACUUUGGGCUGAGAGCUUGGGAAUGUCCCGGGUGGCUUCACCAUUCUACCUGAACAGCUGCACCGUGUUCAGAGGGGAGGAGACUCCUAAAACGGGUGGGGGACUUUUGGCCCUCCAGAUGUUGCUGAACUACAACUCCCAUCUACUCCAGCAAGCAGUGACGAUAGCCAGGGAUGCUGGGAGUUGUACUCUCUGCAACUUCUGGAGGGUCAAAGGUUCCCCACACAUGCUCUAGAGUCUGAUGUGCAGAGGGUAGCAGCUGUGGGUGUGACUGUUUUUUAAAUAGGUCUGGAUUGUCCCCUAUUUCGAAUUGUUCUGUUAAUCCAAUACCUUCAGCCAUUAUGUGGGUGGAAGCAUUUACAAAAAAUUAAGCCUCUUAGCACAAUGCCUUUUUUUAAAAAAAGCAUGCAAAUAAAUAUUUUUGAGGGGUUUUCUAUUCACAGCCAUAGCAUCACCAUGUUUUGAUACGGUCUUUUUCUAACUGGAGGCUUUCUUCAGUGUGUGUGUGUGUGUGUGUGUGUAAAAUUUUACAACGCUGAAAGCUUAAGGAUAUUUUUCUAAAGAAGCAGAGAAUUUCCAUUCUUUCCUUUUUCUUGUUCUGUUUCGGUAUCAAAAUCAGCCAACCAGUGUUAACAGUUGGGCCAGCCGAGGAGAGGAGAACUCAUGAUGAGCCUUCAAGGUCCUCGCUGCUUGCUUUGGAUGAGUUUCGACUGGUAGCUGUGUUCCAGAGCAUGCUGGUACAAGACAUUUACAGCCUGCUUUUGAGACUUUGCUUUGUUGCACAGACAGGUGCGUGCGUGUGUGUCGGUACAGGAGCACUGCAGUGAGGCAGCUGUCAGUCCUUCAGGUAAAGUUUCGCUGCUCCCCCCCCCCCCCCGUGGCCCUGCUCAUCCCAUCCGGUUUGGCUCAUGCCCCUCUCCAUGACAUCCUGGCAUAGAGCAAGCCUUUGCCAGCUGUAAACUCCACCCUCAAGCAAGCCAAUAUUAGCCAUCCCCCCCCAAAAAAAACCAAGAAUGGUGGCCCAUCAGGGUUUGAUAAAGUUCUGGUUUUUGCCCCCGACUGGGAUUUGAGCACCUGGUAGGCUACAAUACACGGAGAAUGGACUAUGUUGGGCUUGGGGAAUUGUGCAGCCCUCAUAAAGACCAAUUUUGCCAUUUCUUGUGUUGUCUUCGCUUCCUCUUGCCUUCGUUUCUUGUCAUUUGGAGCGCUAUCAGGAGUGACUCACCCAUAGACUGUGGACAGCAGAGGGCUGCUCUUGGCUAUAUGUGGGAAAGGAGUGAGGCUGGUCUUGGACUCUGUGGUGGUUAGGCUGCCUGACAUACGUUUAGAAGGGUUCUCCCCUUUCAAAAGGAUGUGUGCAGACCAAGGUUGCAGACAGUACAGAUUGAUUAGUUUAUUCUGGGGACUUUGCCUUAGAGAAGGAAGGUGAGGUUUAAAAAACAGCUGUUUCCUAGUCUCUUGCAAAUCCCACAGCAUCACAUAAUCACUCAAGUCAGCUUUCCAAGUUUGUGUCUUUGUUUUUUCCAGACAUAGGUAAAUAACGUAAUAAUGCCGGCUCACCUGAGGUAACCCUUUCAACAGUCCCAGAUCCAUGACUUCAACCAAAUUCCUUGAUUCCAAAUUCCUAUCAAGCAGAUUUUUUUAUAUAUAGUUACCCUGAAGUGGCCUGUUGUUCAACCUAAGGCAGCCUUUGCCAACUCGGUGCCUUUCGGAUGUUUUUGGAUGACAGCUCCCAUCAGCCCCUGACAGUAUGGCUGCAUGAUACUGAGGCUGAUGGGAGUUGUCUUCCAAAAACAUCUGAAAGGCACCAAGUUGGCAAAGGCUAAUCUAAGUCAUAUUAUCAGACAGCAAGUCGACUUAUAUUGUGGAACCACCGGCUGAUAUUAAAUGCAGACAACAUAACAUCCUGAGCUGAUUUGAGGUGGAUUUGCAUGACCGUUGUGUUCCUAUGAACUUAAUAUUGUGGCAAUGCCAACUUCAUCGUGUGUUUGUUUCCUAUAUGGUCCAGCUGCAUGGCAAGGUGAAUUCUUAACACAAGCUGAUUAGAAUCAUGGAGACCUGUGAUCAAACGUGCCUUACUGAUAGUCCAAGUGGCUAACCUGGCACAUGCCUGUAGUUUCUGUUUAAGUAGUUUAAGCAGCCUCUGUGACACAGGCGGUUGUCUGGAGUCCGUACAAGUUCUGUUGUUAAAAUACUUAUUACCAGUAGAGGGCAGUAUUACCUGGGGGCUGAGUGGUGCAAUCUGAAUAAAAUCCUUCCUUUCACCUCUGUGUUGCGAAGCUGAGCAGUCUCAUUGGACAAGCCAAUCCUGCCUUUCUCUUUCUGGCUCUUAGUAUAAAAGUGAAGAUGCCCUGCUGGCAUCUCCAGAAGCCAUAUUUCAUAGUCACACAAAUGCCAGGCCUGGACUUGUGGAUCUGUGUGGAGAUUGCUCACCAACGAUGAUAAUCAUCCCGGUUGCCUUGCUGCGGUGGUUCUCAGGAUUCUGUACGAUAACCGUUCCCUUGAGGCAGUUUCUAGCUUUUUUUUUUAUUAUAAAACCAGCUGUGAGGAUAUCUGUAUCUAUAUUUGGACUGCUUCAGCCACACAUGCAUGAAGCGCACUUGCUGCCCCAUGUACAAGGCUUGCCACCUUGAUUUCUGUUGGGGUUAUUGGAAACGGCAAACUGGGAGACGGUUUGAGACUUUGGGGAAAGGGCUCUAUUCCAUACAGUCAAGGUCAUUCGUGUUACUUGGUGGCAUCAGUAAUAAGACCUGGAGUCAUGAGGGUAACAAUUCUUAUAUGCAGAGAGAGAAUGAAAAGACGCCUUUCUGAAUUUAGGUAUUGUAUUCUGAGAGAUGUGUUGGUGCAUUUUCACUGAUGUUGAUGGCAGGAUGAAUGUGUGUGUUUCCCCACAGUACUCAAGGCCAAGACAUCCAAUCCAUUGCUGGUGCUAACGGUUGGCAGGAACUUUCGGAGGCAGCAUGGCCUUCAUAGCAGGUGGUGUCGUCCUUAAAAGGGCCAAACUGUACCUGAGGAGAGGGUCCAUAGCUCAGUGGGUGAGCGCAUUGCUUUGCACCCCUCGGGUCCCGGAAUCAAACCCUGGCAUCUCCAGCGACGGAUCUCAGGUUGCCGGGCUGGGCGAGCCGGUGGGAAACUGCUGCCAGGGAGAACAAAACAAUGUAGUGCUAGGGCGGCCGGCAGCUUGGCGGAAGGCAGUUUGUUCAUGCUUCCCCCCCGUCCACGUGCAAGAUGUGGAGCCGGGGUCUGCGUUUCACAGCAGCAACAAAGGUAGCAAGCUGCCUCGUACCAAGCUGGUCCACCUAGCUCAGUGUUGUUGACACUGACUGGCAGCACCUCUCUGGAGUCUUCAGGCUGGGGACAUUUGGAGCCUUACCUGGAGACGCCGUUGAGGACGGAACCUGGGGCCUUGUGCAUGCAAAACACAGCUGUAGCGCCUCUCUCUACUGCGCACGGGUGAUUGCACUUGCCUUGCUUUCUUCCAGCAGCAGAAAUUGAAACAGGGUUGGAUCCACACACCCACUCACACCUGUCUCUUUUUUUUUUUUUUACAACAAAAGACUUGUGCAGGUGAGUGGAGCUAGCGGGCACCCUCACCCACUCCUGGUGCCCUCCAUCACGAAGGGGUGCUUGCUAAAGGUGGUAAUGCUAAAGGGUGCAACCAGGGAAGCUGGCAACAGGUUGAUAUCGUAUGCUGUCAACAGGUGUGCUUUAAGUCAGGCAUGGGGAACCUCUGGCCCUCCAGCCAGCACGGCUGAUGGCUAGGGAUGAUGGGGGCUGUGGUUCAGCAAGGGCUGAAGGAGGACUAAAAGCUCCCCACACCUCGGUGGCCGCUGGUGGCUCCAUGUCAGUGGGGCAGUGGAAUCCACUCUGGGUUUUAGUCCGCACCUUGGACAAUGACUUGAAAGUACACACUAAAACCCAGAAAGGAUUCCCCUGCCCCACUGACAUGGAGCUGCCAAUCACCACUGUCACGCCAACUUUAAGUGAAGGGGAUGUCAGAGAAGCUAUUCCUCUUGUAUCAUAGAUGUCCAAGGGAAGUUGAAUGCUAUGAGCCUGUAUGUUUAUGUAGAAAGUACUUUUUGCAUUUCUGGGAACUCGUUAGCAGGUCUGGGUUGCCUCUAUUUGCUGUUGCUGUGGGUUUAUUUCCUGGCGAUGAGCGUUCCACUGCAUAAGCGAUCGACUGCUCCUUUCUGUGAAAGGCUCUCUUCCCCCCCCCCCCCGUCGGGACGGUGGUGCGCAAGUGACUGAGCAAGUGCUGUAAGGAACGCAGCCAGUUUUUUGCCACAUAGAAAGUUUAUGGUGCAGCCUUCUGUGGUACUGUUCAAAGAAAUGACAAUAAAAGUCAGUUUACAUUG